ACCGCCAGAGGAAUGUCCCUCCUCGUCUGCCGUAACUGGUUGCUGGAGGCAACGUCCACGCGGCUUCGCAUCCCGUCCCCAUGGCGACGCAGCCGCCGAUUCGCAUUCCCCACCGCAGCCUUUGUAAGGCCUUCCUUUCUGGGGCGGCGCCGGUGUCAGGGGCCUCGGUUCCAGGUCCCAGGUGUAAAGAUGCUCAGUCACAUAAACAGAUACACAUCCAGCUCAGACCCCCUUCAAAGGCUCUGUCAUGGUGGUACAAAGAAGAAGCUGGUGGUGUCUGUGCAGAGAUCAGAGUCUAUUGUAAGGAAAACCAAGUGUACUUUCUGGGGUAUUGAAGUAGCUGAGACUCUCAACUGGCAAGGAUGGUGUCUGGGAAGAGAAUUCACCAAACACUUAAGUUUGAGAAAUGUGUGUCUGAAGCCCCAAAAAUUGAAGUUCAGACCUCCUACUACACGUUUCUUCAUUACCAUCUUCCCCCAGCCAAUUAUUUUAAGUCCUGGGAUGUCUAUAACUUUGCCUAUCAUCUUCCGCCCUUUGGAGAAGAAGGAAUAUGAAGACAGCAUUCUCUUUGAAAAACAAGAGGGAGAGUUCUCUGUUGCACUUCAUGCCAAGCUACCACACCUUGACCUGCUUUUUCCAGACAGCAUCCAACUUCCUGCAUGUGCUGUUCAUGAUUAUACGGAGGCCUCUUUUACUAUGUAUAAUGAUGGGGAUCUGCUGACUUGUUUUAGCUGGGAGGUGCCAAGCCCUUUCUCCCUUCUGCCUACCCGUGGCAUAUUGGAUCCAGGAGAAAAGUGCACAAUGAAAGUGAUUUUUCAACCUGUCGUGGCUCUUGUGUAUGAUGUAUCAGCAAUAUGCAAUUUUGGAGAUACUCGGGAGAAGAAGGCCAUCAGGCUCAAAGCUGUUGCUAAAUAUCCCCACCUGCUGGUCAAUGUGCCUGAAGACUCUUGUGAAGAUGCUCAGCUUCAAAAUUUUCGGGAUGUGCUCUCUUUUGGGUCUGUUGCUGUUGGCAGCACUGUGGAAAAAUAUGUGGAUAUCUUCAAUGUCUCUGUGGUCAGUGCUCCAUUUACCAUUGACAGAUCAAAGGAAGGAGCACACCGUGAUCCUGUCUUUUCCUGUGAUAUUGUGCAAGCCACUGCUCCAGCUCGUGGGUCAUCAGUCAUCCCUUUUCAUUUUAGCCCACAUACUGUAGGCAUGAAAAGUGUCGACUACUUCACUGUUUCGCCUUGUGGGAACAACACACAUUCUGUGCUAAAAGUGACAGGAUCAUGCAAAGGUCCUGAAGUUUUUUUUCAGCAUCCCUUUGUCUACUUCAGCUGCAUUAAUCUUGGGGAAUACUUAAUACAGCCCUUAGAGAUGACCAACAGCUCUGAUGUCCCUGCCUACUAUCAAUUUGACAUUGACUGCAAACAGAGUGUCUUUUCCAUUGACUCUCCUUGUGGGAUCUUGGAUGGAAUGUCCACUAUCACACUGAAGGUGACAUUCCAGCCUACCCACCCAAUAAUUUGCCACCGGCGAGUGGCUUGCCUUAUCCAUCAUCAGGACCCAUUAUUCCUAGAUUUGAUUGGGACCUGUCAUACAGAAACAACGAGCCCAGUUAUUCUGACACUGAAACACCUUACCAGGUACAGGACACACAUGGCCAGAGGACUGACUUUUUUCUCACCAGACAUCUUGGGCACCAUGCUGAAGGAAGGCAAGCUUUUGGUGGAUGAAAAUGGAGCUCUUACACUCCCACCAGAGAUUCUGGAAGACAAGUCCCCAGAGGAAUACCCUAACAUUGAGCCCAUGGUUGAAUAUUUCCAUGAUGGUGUAAGCAGUGACUUCACCAUGUUUCCUCCCCAUGUCAGCCUUAGCAUCAAGGAAUUUGAUUUUGGCUGUUGUGCAAAACUUAGAGAGGUUGAGCCACUUCCUCUGUGUGUGACCAAUCAUACAAAGGGCAAAAUAACUGUGAUAUGGACAAAGAAGACAGACAGUCCUUUCCAGGUGAUCCCAGAGAGUUGUGACAUCCCACCUCUGAAGACAAUGGAUUUCCGCGUCACCUUCCAACCUCCUCAGCUUAAUUCUCUGUAUGCAUCUGAACUAGAAGGCUUUGCCUUCUACAAGGUACUGAGACACUACAGUAACAUUGAAGAGUCUGUCACCAUGUGCCCAUCGUGGAGCUUAACCAUCCGUUUGUGUGGACACACUUUUCAGCCUGGGCGGCAACACUUUAUCCCACGGUACACCAUGGAUUGCCAUGAGGCCUUCCCUCCAGUGUGCCGGAGCACUACAACAUACCGCAGCAUGCUAUUUUGCAAUGUGGGCAGCACAGCAAUAAACUUCCACAUGGACCGGGAAAAGUGCCCCGCUGUCUUGGUCAAGCCCAGCUGUGGAUCUGUUGCACCUGGAACCCAUCAGAUCUUUCUUCUCUCAACAUGCCCAGUGGACACAUCCACACAGCACCACAUGUUGUCUUUACAUCUCAAUUUCUGCUCCUCAUUCACCAAGGAGAUCCACCUUAAGAGUAGGGCUGAGCCCUUGGUCCUCCUCUUAGAAAGUGAUGGCAACCUGUACUUCAGACCCACCUGUGUGGGCACCUUUUCCUCACGCACCUUCACCAUCAAGAACUGUACCCGCUUACCCAUGCUCUUCAGAUGGAAAAUUCAGCAGUUGGACAAAAAGCUCCUGUCUGUCCAGCCUGCUGAAGGGAUGAUAUUGCCCAAUGAAGCUUUGGCUCAAACCUGGACCUUCACUCCUAGUGAACAGACCAAAUAUCUUUUGCGGAGUUGGGUGACAGUGUGGAGAGAGCAAGAGCUACUGGAUGACAAGACUACACAGAGCAUCCGCUAUGUCCUGCGGGUGAUCGGGGAAGGAUCAUUCGGGACUUUAACAGCACAAGAUGAACAGGUGGAUGUUGGCAGCAUCCUGGUUGGCAGCACACAGUCUUGUGAAGUGACAUUAUUUAAUAAUGGGGCCUGCUCCUUACAGUAUAUUCUCAGCGUGGAGCAGAUGGUCACGGGACCAUGUGAUCCUGAAGAAGUUGCCAGUGACCCCUUAGCAAUCACUCUUGACCAUUACAAAGGGACAGUUGCUGCUCGGGGAAAGAUCUUUUUGCAAGCAACUCUUAAACCAACCCGUCCACUGCACUACUCCUGGAUAGUCAGUUAUGCCAUUUCUACUCCCAAAGCCACAACACCCCUUGGGGAAAAGCAGUCAGUUUGCUGUGUAACAGCAACAGGCAUCUAUCCAUCUAUCUGUAUCACUGAUGCCUGUGGCACAGGUAGUGCCCGUGGCAUCAGCAAGCUGCACCUCUGGAGACUUUUCUCUUUGGAGACUCUGAACCAGUAUCUGGAGCGAGAGCCAACACCUCAGGAGCUCACUUUUAGAGUACCCACAAGGCACAGCAUAGAGCGGAUUCCCUCAGUCUAUACUCCUGUCAUGCUGGAUUUCAACUUUGGUGCAGCUCCUAUUGGAUGCAUGCCCUCUGUGGUUGUGCUGAUGCUCCAGAACAAUGGGAUGAUACCUGUGAACUGGGCCUUUUUGUUUCCUGCUGACCAGACAAUUGAUAUGGAAUAUUGGGCAGAAAGUGCUGAAUUUGACCCCAAUGAGCUGCACCAGAUGAGGAUCCAAGAUAACCAGCUUUUUACUGUCUUUCCCAAGGCAGGAAAGCUUCUUCCAGGCGAAGAGCAAACCAUAAACUUAACCCACAGACAUGAUUUCAUUGGCACCGAUCGGCUUCCAGUCCUGCUGAAGGUUUCUCAUGGUCGAGAAAUUCUGCUGAAUUUCAUUGGUGUGACACUGAACCCGGAACGCCGCUAUAUUCACUUCACUUCAACCACACAUAUAUUCACACCCAUUGCUAUUGGCACUUAUGACCCUCCCAAACAGAUCUAUGAAAUGUACAAUGGAGGCGCCACAACAGUUGUGUAUGAAAUCCAGGUGGAUGCUCUGAUGAAAGUACAGGAAGAGAAUUUUCACCAUACAGUGUUUGUCUGCCUGAAUCCAAAAGGAGAGAUUGGUCCAGGUUUAACAGCUCACACUGAAUGGAUAUUUUCCCCACUGGAAGCCAGAAUGUACUCGGUGGAAGUGCCCAUUCACAUUCUUGAAGGUGACUCUGCUCUUAUUAACUUCCAAGGAAUAGGUUUUGAUCCACACGUUAUGGGAGAAACAGCACAGUUUGAUAAAAUGGUGUCUCCUGCAACAACACCAGGCUCUGCCAAAUUAACAGUACCUGGUCUAACAGUGUACUUAUCUCAACCCCGGAUUUGUCUUGGCAACAUCCCAGUCUACAGCAAAUGCAGCCGCCUUUUCUUUCUCAACAAUGCCUCUGAAAAUGAGGCCGUUGUUUUUGCUUGGCAUACUGAGACUUCAAAUGCCAUGGUGAUACUGAACAUCACUCCAGAGAGUGGAAUUGUACAACCUGGGGAGAGCAUCCAAUGUAUUCUCACACUGCAUGCCAGUGAAAGCCCAUGCUUCUACAAUGCGGAUUUGAUCUGUGAGAUUUUUACUCAGCACCCACUAGAUCAGUAUGAGAAGGAGCUGAAGGAGUGGGAAACUGAGAAGGCACGACAGGCUGUGGAGUUCACCAUCACGGAGAAAGACCUAAACACAAAGAAGAACCCAAAAGAAUCUUUGAAGGGGGUUUCAAAUUCCCUGGAGUCAACAAAGUUUUGUAAGAUGCUUACAGAGGUCCAGAAAUACAAGACUCUUCCCCCCAUUAAGAACAUCCAGGCACCUAAUCCUCCUGCCAGUCGCAGCGAAAGGAUGCACUUAAGGAAUAAAGACACCAGCAGGUUGUGGGCCAAGCCAGAGCCCCCAAAGCCCUUUCUCAUGCAUUUAGGAGUUACAGCAAGGUCCCACUCAAUUGAUGAUUUCUUGGCCAACUUUCCUGAUGACUUGCCUCAGUACUUCCUCUCCCGACAAAUUAAGGGGAAGGCAGCAAGAACACAUGCUACAGAUAAAGUGUCCCCAAGCAGGAGCAAAAUUAAGAGACAGCCCAUAAAGUCUCAAAACUGGCCAGAACUGGAAAGCUGCACAGAAGAGGAGGCCCAGCUAGUGACUGACAUGCUUUCUACAGUGAUAAAGGGUUUGCUGGAAGAGACACAGUUUCAAGAAGCAGUGAUCAGGAGCCUUGCAGAGCCCACUCCCUACUUCUGUCAGCUCUGGAGUGAAGAAUCUGCCAAACAGAAGCACAGCCCUGGUGGCACCACCACAACAACUCCGACCUCAGAGUUCAGCCAAAACAAUAGGCUUGAAAAUGAAGAUUCUGGAGGAGAGACAUCUGCUGCAAGGUCUUCAGAUGCUCAUGAAAGUCUAAGUGUAAUUAUUCGCAAGGAACAGUUCCGUGAGCAGAAAGAAUACAUCAUCAGGAUGCCAGCAUUUGCAAAUCUGACUGAGAUGGUGCUGGCUAACGCCAUCCAGAACAUUAUGGUGGAAGCCAGUCGUGGGGAAAUGGUGUUGACAGCACGACCCAGGGUUAUUGCACUUCCUCCUCCUUACUCUCAGAAAGGUAUCAGUCCUGCAGUUUCAAUGCUCAAACCAUCUGUCAUCCAGUCUCCUGCAGUACCAUCAGUCAGUUUCAUGAGUGAAAUCAAGGACUCAGUGGGGCAGCGGCACAUUGUCCUGCCCUCCUAGGACUUGGAGGAACUUGUGUACCACCCUGACAUGCUUCUUGUGACAGACUGAUCUCCAUGUCAGCCACAGCCUCACUGGAAAGCUGCUUCUUCAGAGCUGUCUCAAAAGAAAAAUGACUUGCAACAAAAUAUUAUGUGACAUAUAAGGGGCAGAGUGAUAGUGACAGGGGGCUGAUCCUGUCAUCUUCAGAAUACAACUCUCUGUUUUGCAGCACUGGGAAAGUGGUUUCAGUUGUAUCCUGUGAAAGAGUAUGAGGCUUUUCAAAUGAAGACAUUUGUUCUACCAUCUC